CGCGAUGGGCCUCCGUGCGGCUCCCGGCUGGGGCUGAUCCGCGUUUCUCUCUGGCCGCCCGGACAGCAUCCUUUCUCCCUCCGGAGCGGGAAAGCAAAAAGCCCUUUCUAUCCCGUCCCUUCCCCGCGAGCCUCUAGGCGGGACCGAGACGAGGCUCCUGGAGCCGCCGGUCCCGACCCAGGGCUCUUGGGGCGCGUGACCCUCUCCACGAAGAGGGCAGGGACGGAGCACGACGUGGGGCGGGGGUGGCUUCGGGGAGGGACGGGCUUUUGCGUUUUGGACGCAGCUGCAGGUCGGUAGCUGGAGGCCGCACGGUUCACUCAGCGCCCCACAGACGUCGGCGGCGGAGAGAAACAUUCACUGAUGGCUCAGUUGGGAGCAGUUGUGGCUGUGGCUGCCAGUUUCUUUUGUGCGUCCCUCUUCUCUGCUGUGCACAAGAUAGAAGAGGGACAUAUUGGGGUGUAUUACAGAGGCGGUGCCCUGCUGACUUCAACUAGCGGCCCUGGCUUCCAUCUCAUGCUCCCGUUCAUCACAUCCUAUAAGUCUGUGCAGACCACACUCCAAACAGAUGAGGUGAAGAAUGUACCUUGUGGGACAAGUGGCGGCGUGAUGAUCUACUUCGACAGAAUCGAGGUGGUGAACUUCCUGGUCCCACACGCAGUGUAUGAUAUAGUGAAGAACUACACGGCCGACUACGACAAGGCACUCAUCUUCAACAAGAUCCACCACGAGCUGAACCAGUUCUGCAGUGUCCACACGCUUCAGGAGGUCUACAUCGAGCUCUUCGAUCAAAUUGAUGAAAAUCUCAAACUGGCUUUGCAACAGGACCUGACCUCCAUGGCCCCUGGGCUCGUCAUCCAAGCUGUGCGGGUGACAAAGCCCAACAUCCCCGAAACCAUCCGCAGGAACUACGAGCUGAUGGAAAGCGAGAAGACGAAGCUGCUGAUUGCUGCCCAGAAGCAGAAGGUGGUGGAGAAGGAAGCCGAGACGGAGCGGAAGAAGGCCCUCAUUGAGGCAGAAAAAGUGGCUCAGGUGGCAGAAAUCACCUACGGGCAGAAGGUGAUGGAGAAGGAGACAGAGAAGAGAAUUUCAGAAAUCGAAGAUGCUGCAUUUCUGGCCCGAGAGAAGGCCAAGGCGGAUGCUGAGUGCUACACUGCCAUGAAAAUAGCCGAAGCAAAUAAGCUGAAGCUGACCCCUGAAUAUCUGCAGCUGAUGAAGUACAAGGCCAUUGCUUCCAACAGCAAGAUUUACUUUGGCAAAGACAUCCCAAACAUGUUCGUGGACUCUGCGGGCAGCCUGGGCAAGCAGUUUGAGGGGCUGGCUGACAAGCUGAGCUUUGGCUUAGAAGAAGAGCCCGCAGAAGCAGAUGCGGAGGAGAACUGAAUGUUUCUGUCCACAACCACAAAUGACACUCAAAGAGAUCUUUAUUUUUUAAUGAUGAACCGGGGUGCCCUUCCCUUCCAUACUACCUUCUUUGACUCUUUCCACGUACUGUGGUGAAAAAAGAAGAAACGGACUUCAACCUAUUCCCCUUCCUGGGAAGGGAGGCAGGGACUGAUGAAUUGGGGUUUUAUUCAGGUAAGUAGGUUAUGUGAUUUCUGUUUAGAUUUGGAAACCAGGUACUGAUUUUCACUCUUUUGAAGCUGGCUUAAUUAGGGAUGCUAUCAAUAAGGAGUGGGAGAAGUGCAGGGUGUCAUCUCCAGGUGACCUGGCUGCCCUCAUGUCAGAAAAGGCAGUGCAGUGUUCUCGUCCUCCAAGGUGGGAGAUGCCCAUGGGUGAGGCCCAGCUACCAAGCAAAUGCGUGCUUAUAAGUUUGCCGGCAGAGCUGUGGAGAAACACCUGCUGAGAGUGAUGGUUUCCUGGCAUUUCUGGCCGUGCGUAUAUAAGUUAGUACUGAGGCGUGCUGCCUCAAGCCCUGGUAAGGAAGAUCUGGUGCUAGGUUUUGCAAGCUUUUCUACACAUCACCCUCCUUGCCCCAGGGCUAAAAGCAUGGUGGCUUCUGACUGCAUUUCCAGAGUCAGGGUUUGGCCACCACCACACAAUUCUUUUUCAAACUUUUCACCUAUUCUGUGAUUUGGGGUUUUUUUUUUCCCUCGUAACCUGUUCGUUGGUUCCACUCAGCAUCAAGAAGACAAGAACAAAGAACUCAAGUGUCUUAAAAGCUGCUGAAGUAGGACCAUGAUAUCUGUAGCCACUGUGGUACCUGCUUGGCAAACUGUGUGUGUUCCUUGAGAUCAAGUGUCUUUUUAUUGUUGUGGGGAUUCUACGUUGAAGAGCUCCUCUGGGGGAGGAAGAAGGUUUCUCCGAAAGAUUUCCCAGUCUCAGUGCCUGUGACUUGUGCUGGGGUUCAUCUGAUGUCAUGAUGAAAGGGAGCCCGUUCUCUGAGCGGCCUGUGUCUUUAAAUCCAGGGCUCCAGGGGUCACACCAAGUGUUAAAUCUCCAGAGACAGCCGUGUGGGUGUGAGUUCAUGCCCGAGUCCCUGGGUCGGAAGGGCUGCGUCAGAAUCCACUCAAAUGUUUUAUCAUUACUAAUUGGGAGAUUUGGAUGGGAGGGUGCAAACAUGAAAAAAAUGUUUUCCUAUAUCCUGAAGUUGGAGUUGGGGGUGGGGUUGCCUACCAGGUGGCUACGUGGAGGGCGGCUGUCUGGGGCGAGCAUGCAAGCCUGUUGGUAUUGUCCAUGACCAGCCCUGGCCGCGGAGUUGCUAUUGGCUGUCCCCCACCACCACCACCAGAAGAACUCCCACUGUACCCCUCUUUUCUCGGUGAAACUACAAGUGAUACUUUCUGGCACAGAUGUCCAUCUCAUGUUUGAUCCCGUGCCCAGACUUCUGAUGUAGCAAAUUGCCCCAAAAGUCAGGCUGCCUUGCUCCUAGGUAGCACCAGGCUUGUCGGGAGUUGGGGGAGCAUUCAGACAGCCUAGGAAGACACAAAGGGUCAACUCCUCUUAAUUUAAACAUUGCCCUUCUCUGUGCUAAUUUCUGGGACUUAGAAUUCUCAAACUUUGUUCAGGCAGCGAAGUGUUCCUGGGAGUGAUGGAUUUUAAUGUGCUCAGAAGGCUUUGCAGAAGGCGGUUAGUCUCCUAAGACCAACGUAAGGUAUCCCUCAUUAGGAUAGGUUCACCCUUCCCCCAUUUCAAUGCCAUUAAUCACUUGUUAGGAGCACCAUGUCACAUCCAGCAUCCCUGAUUUACAUAUUUGUCUGCUUCUCUGCUCUGAGACUGGCUGCUUAAGCAUCAGAAAACACUACUUCUCUCCAGUGGAAUACGCAGCGAGGACAUCUCAGCCUCUCCGAAUAGCAAGCUUGCUCAGGCUCUUAACCAGAAUGUCUCUCUAAUACUAGCAUCCUGUGAUGGUUUGGCCCUUGCACUAGAUCACAAAAGAGCCUCGGUGAAGUCCUGCUGCACCUCCCCCCAUCAAUGUCAACGUCACGUCUUUAAGCAAAAAAUAUAACUGUUGUAGUAUCCAUUCGUUUAACUCCAGUGUUGUCUGUACCUGCCUGAAUGGGAACAUCAUGGAAAUGAGCUGUUUCCUUAACUUGGGACAACUAGCCAGUCUGUCUGUGUGACUCCGUUUCUGUAACACUUACUAGAAAACCUGAUCUGAAAACAUUUGAAUUCUGAACACGUAAAAUGUGACAGCCUGCCAUUUUGUAAGCAGUAAAGUCAAGGCUGCUAUUGAUAAAUGGAACCUCUGUCAAAAUAAGGAACUGUUUAUAAAAUUCAGUUUUUGUAGGAUUUUCCAAGGAAAAAUCACCUUGGUUGAAUGUUUCUCACUCAUUAAACUUUGCAGAAGUGGUCCAUAUUCAGUACUGUUUUUAAUCACUUUAAAUAUCAGGACAGGAUAUCUGAAAAGAGGGCACAGUUUGUUAAUUUUUAUGUGACUAAAUUCGGAGGGAUCGGUGAUCAUAUUAAGUUGAGGGAGGAAAACAAAAAUCACUGAAAGAAUUUUAGCAAUACAGUAUCCGCAGGGCACUGGUUUCAGGAACCCCGCGGAUACCAAAAUCCAUGGAUGCUUAAGUACCUUAUAUAAGAUGGUGUAGUACAGCCACCCACUGUAUCCAUGGGUUCCACGUCCACAGAUACAAAGGGCCAACUAUAUAUUGAUCCAAAAAAAGUAGAUGUUUUAUAAAUGAUCUGGUGCAGUUUCUGUGGGUCUAUGUAUUUUUCAGUACAGAAAACUUCACCAUUUAUAGAGAGUAAACAGUGAAAGUAAGAUUGUCAUAUUUACUGCCUUAACCUAUGUAAGUUUGAGGAUAAGUUGUAGCCUGGCUAGUGGCUACUCUGUCUAUGAACUCAACCACUGCUUCUUUAGUUCUAUUCAGUAGGGUUCUAGCCACUAUUUCUGUUGUUUCCUUUUAAAAGAGGUAAUAGCCAAUCAUUUUGUGUUUGUAUUUCCAUUCCUCUCAAUUUCUGCUUUUGUGCAGGCUGGUGAUUGAAUAGUCAAAACUAAUUAUACUUGCAAAGAGCCCAGAGGGCUGAAUGACCCCCUUUGUAACUGAGAAAUGAUUCUUCUUAUAUUAAUCACUCUACAAAUGAUAAUACUGGAUUAAUUGCCUUGGGUUGAUAGAUGGAGGAACUGUUUUGGACAGCUCUAAAGGUGUGAUUUUAUGUCUCAGUUUUAUUUUCAGUCUUGCUAAAUAAAAUGAGUCUGUGUA